UCCAUUUUCUGUACUGACCAGCGAUUGAAAACCCUCUCACUCUCGCUCUUCGGCUCACCUCAUUGGAAGAAGAACACAGAGAUGAUGCAGAGAUGGUGCUGGAGGUUCCGCUCCCUAACAGCCUUUGCUUCCUCUAAUCAGCUCCGCCACCUCCGUCCUUCCCCCGUUUCUCGUCUCAUCCACACUUCUCCCAAUUUAUUCCACAAACCCCCAAUCAUCACUCCUUCCCUAAUUGGACACAACUUUUCCUCCCACAUCAGCGCCUCCGCCUUUCCCUCUCCUAUCUCACAGUCGCCUCACUCUUUGAUCCAAGUGCGGUAUAUCACUGCCAAGCAGAGGAAGAGAAAGUUGAAGAGUAGGAAGCCAAUGACUCCAGUAGUUUCAAAAGUAAAAAAAGUGAAAAUCAAAGGCUACUCGUCUUAUAAAGGCAGAUUUAGGCUAAUGAAUGAUGGACAGAUCAGGCGAUGGAAGGAGGGGAAGAGGCAUAAUGCAUUUUCAAAGUCUAAGAAGUCAAAACGACGACUCAGACAACCUGGUAUUGUUCCUGCUGCUUAUGCAAAAGUAAUGAAGAAGCUAAAUUUCUGCGCUUGAAGCAAAGUUCGCACUGCAGGAGAGCCUCAUUGUUUCUAGGAAGGCUGCCCUCAUCAUCAGAACAUACUUCAUCUCAUGAUUUCCAUAGAAGCUUGUAAGUCAGUUAGUUAAGGCUCCUCCAACUGAUUGAUAGAUUUAGUCCGGGAUUUUGCAGUCUUGCGGUUUACUGGAUAGAGGGAUUUGCAUUUUUACUUAUUUUAUUGUUUUAAAUUGGUUUUGUCUUCAUGGUUCUAGUGUGCAUCCUUCAACAAGACAGUUUUGACUGCCAAAAACAGAGAAAUAUAAGUGGGCUGCAGCUUAUUUGAUUGUAUUCUUAAAA